AUGACAUCCAUUGAGAAAAAUGAUCCGCUUGAAGGCACAAGCACGGAGAAUCAACACGAGGGAGUUUGGAUGGCGAUGGACGAAACUAUAAAAGCAGAAGACGAAUUACUGACGAAAGUGCUUCGCGAACCAUUUGAAUACAAUACUCCAACGUUAAGCUCUCCUCAAGUGGAAAAUGAAUCUCAAUCUUCGCAUUACCAUCCACAGUUUAACGAGAAAGAUUACUUGAAAAGGAAAAAAUCAAAAAAAGGACCAAAAAAGAAAAAGCAUGAGGACUCAACGAAGCCUUUGGAGAAACCAAAAACGAUACCUGCCAAGGAAGAUCACACUCCAGCGAUCCCUGAAGUUCAGGAGGAAAAACGUGAAAGAAAUAUUGUGGACCAAACCAUCAGUGUCCUUCCAGAAAUUGGUGAGGAUGAGAUCCUGGCUACACCUCCCAAACAAGGGUGGUUAUCACAGCUAGCCGAUGCAAGCACCGAGACAGUUACGCCAGCAGCGAUAGACACAGCACCAGUGGUUGAGACACCAAAGGACGCAAAAGUCAAGCAUCGACAAAAACAGGAACAAGGUGACGCAACACCAACAAAAUCUGGCCGCCACCAUAAACAUCAUCAUCGUCGAAGACACAAGUCCGAGCUUCAGGAAAGACGACGGCCGGGCGUGGCUACGAUAAAGGAAAAUGAUAAGGGUAGCAUACCUGAGUCAACAGCAGACGGUACUGCACUUGACACAAAGGAUGUUGAGGAUAUGAAAUUUCAUAGAUUUGAGGAUCUGAAAGGGAUGCAUAGACGACCAGUACGGCUUCGUCGUUCAGGUAUGACAACCCACUUUAGCAAUCAAGAUUUAUCUGCAAGUUUACGAAGUCUUGUCAGUCACAUAAAACCUGCGCCAAGAAAGAAGACCUAUGAUCACAGACCUCAUGAGAACUUCGUUGAACUGGAAGAACUGACAACGGUUGGUGAGGACACAGAGUGGAAGGAAAGGGCCCGGUGGAUCAAGUUUGAAGAAGACGUUGAAGAAUCGAAGCGUUGGGGAAAGCCGCACAUUCCUUCUUUAUCAUUUCACAGUUUACUAGAGUUAAGACGUGGCCUUGAGACAGGCGCGGUUCUGCUUGACUUGGAGCAGUUUGAUCUCUCGAGCAUUGCUGAAGCGGUCAUCGAGGAGAUGGUGAUCACAGAUCAACUACCAAGAGCUCACAGUUCAAAAGUCUUGUCAGCACUUCUUUCAAAACAUCGCCAUCAGCAUCAGAUGCAACGUGGGCUACGGAGACAAAGCUCAAGCACAAAUCUCGCUGCAUUUUUUGGCGUUGAACCCAAAGGAACGCCAUUGAAACCCAAUGAGACUGACGGGUCGACAGUUAGAGAAGUCAGUCCAGCACAAGAGGCGAAAGAAAAUGUCCCUCUAGAACCAGCAAGACCCAGGACAACCAGCGAUGCCUCAAGUCAGACACCUUUCUCAACCCUUGAUUAUUUGGACAAGACUGAGAACCGCGUGGGAGUUUCUUUUGCUCCUGAACCAACCGUCAGUGAUGACGUAGAGAAUACGACCUCCGACAUACGUGGCCGAAUACCUUCCGACGCCGAGGCGACGGCUGUCAUGGUUGGUACAAUGGAAGAGCUGGAGAAACCUGCGAUGGCAUUCGUGAGGCUCGCAAAAGGCUGUCGUCUUGGUAAUCUGACAGAAGUUCCACUCCCUGUGCGGUUUAUAUUCGUCAUGUUGGGACCUCCUCGCGACGACGAUCAGUACCACGAGAUUGGUCGUUCUAUCGCCACCCUGAUGUCGGACGAGAUUUUCCACAGUUUAGCCUAUCGGGCUGAACAGAAGGAGGAUAUUCUUUCAGCCAUCAACCAGUUCCUGUCUGACAGCAUCGUGCUGGCUCCAGGUGACUGGGACGAGCGUGUUCUGUUGCCCAUCUUGGAAGGACACAGCAGAGAAGUGAUGAAACGACGAAGGAAAGCCGCAGCCGCGCAAAGAAUUCCAGGAAAAGAUGACGAUCCGUUGUUGAGAACCGGCCGUUUAUUUGGUGGUCUCGUCAGGGAUGUUCAACGUAAAUACCCACACUACAAAAGCGACUUCGUCGACGCAUUCAAAAACUUCAAAUGCCUCGUAACUUUCAUAUUCGUCUACUUUGCUACAAUCGCUCCGUGUGUGACGUACGGGGGUCUUCUAAGCAAGAAAACUGAUGGAUUGAUAGGACUGUCUGAGUCAAUACUCGCCACGGCAAUUGGAGGAAUAUUUUUCGGAUUUUGCAGUGGGCAGCCGCUAAUGAUUGUCGGAGUGACCGGUCCAGUGCUUGUCUUUGAGGAAACAAUAUAUUAUUUCUGCAGCGAAAACGGAUUAGAUUAUCUCGCGUUGCGGUUCUGGAUUGGAUUAUGGAUUGUUGUAAUCUGCACCUUGGUUGUGGCUUUUGAGGGAUGUUUUCUUGUCAAAUACUUCACGAGAUUUACCGAAGAAAUAUUUGCUUGUCUCAUUUCGUUCAUCUUUGUCUACGAGGCCCUUAAGUUUAUUUACGAGACCUUUGAUGAUCAUCCAUUGACUCGUACUCAUAAAUGGCACAAUCAAAAUAUAAAUACGACGAAUGAUUCAGACCCAACGAAGUCCUCAGAACCUCGUAAUGAACCAAACACUGCAUUAUUGACAACAAUCUUAUUAUUUGGAACUGUUCUUUUGACUGUUCAACUUCGCAAGUUCAGACACAGCCAUUUCUUUGGCAAAAAGGGACGCCGAACAGUCAGUGACUUUGGAAUGGCGAUCUCUAUAUUCGCUAUGUCCUUACUGGACUAUUCUAUCAAGGAUGUCUACACACAAAAGAUGCCCGAACUCUCGAGCUUCAAACCUACACUGCCCGAAAAACGCGGCUGGUUCGUGGCUCCCGCGGGGAUCCACGUGGGAUGGAUGUUCGCGGCGGUUAUCCCGGCAGUCUUUGUGAGCAUUCUGUUGUUUAUGGAAACAGAAUUGACAGGAAUCGUCUUGAACAAGAAGGAAAAUAAUUUGCGGAAAGGAGCCGGAUAUAAUCUAGACUUGCUCGUGGUGGGUCUUGUAUGCGGGUUGUGUUCCCUCAUGGGGUUGCCAUGGAUAUGCGCAGCUCCGGUGCGCUCAGUCUCGCAUAAAAAUGCGCUCACCGUCAUGAGUACUACGCAUGCGCCAGGAGAAAGAGCUUAUGUUGUGAAAGUCAUUGAACAACGUGUAACAAACAUAUUCAUACAUAUUUUCAUUGGUCUUUCAGUUCUGAUGGCUCCAGCGUUGGAAGUGAUUCCCAUUGCUGUUUUAUUCGGUGUCUUUGUGUACCUCGGCACAAUUUCUCUUUCCGGAAAUCAGUUUGUCAUUCGCGUUGUUAUGUUCUUCAUGCCUCCAAAACAUUAUCCAGAUUUUGCAUUCGUUCGCAAGGUCGGUGGCCGAAAAAUUCAUCUUUUUACCCUGGUCCAAGUGCUGGCAUUAUGUGUCCUUGUUGCCACGAAGAUGACAAUCAUAGCGCCAUUAUUUCCGCUGUUUGUCAUAUUUCUUGUUCCAAUCAGAAAACAACUGUACAGAUUUUUUGAUGAGAAAGAACUGACAGCGUUAGAUAACGAGGAAUCUGUUCUUUAUGAGGAUGACUUGGAUGAAUACAAUAUGAUUCAUGUCCCGAUUUGAGAUGGUAUCUAUGGAUGAAUAUUGAUAUCGCUGGAUAUACUACGAUACAAGUCCCAAUUUGGGGGUGGUAACUAUGAAUGUAAUGUAAUACUUGCGAUAUCUAUAGAUAUGAUACGAACUUAUUCCUAUGUGUUAAUGCAUGUGAAUGGAUACAUCUGUACAAAACAGUCCCAAUAAUUAAUGCAUGUCCCUGUAUGUGGUGGUAUCAUAGGAUAUAUUAUGAUAUAACAGGAUCUGCGGAGAUUGGCUGGGUAUCCCGUCUUGCAGGCGAGUCAUUGUUCCUGUUUGUCUAUAUGUGUAUUCGUAUAUCCCCACAUGUCUCUAAUUACCACAUAUCUUAAUCAAGUAAAUGAUUCUGUUCAAACAACUGUUUGGUAUAAAUAUUUAAUGUAAAUGAUUUGCGUCAUAUAUAGAUUGAUUAGAAACAAUUUUGAUAAGAAAUUUUCAUCCUGAACUUGCAAGGAAAUUUCUCUCCAUCAGCAUUCAUCAUAUGAAACAGGUUUAAUGCAGACAUUCAAGGCGUAUUGCCCCUAUAUUAUUAGGUAACACAAAAUAAAUAAAUAAGUAUUGUAGUAAGACCAUGCAAUGGUCUUUCUCGUUGAUGAGAACUCUUUGAAGCAGCAACCUUGUUUAACAACCGUUGUUUGUAGAAUAUUUUUGAUAAACGCCAUUACUUCUUUCAGAAAUUUCCUAACAGGUUUCACUACCGCCUGCGUACCCACUUCUGUAGUGACUACACUAACAUAAUCGAACAAUUUGAUAGGUUGCAGAUAGAGUAUUUUUGAGAUCACGUAUAUUUAAGACGACCAGAAUGUAUCCUCAUAAAUUUCUAUGUAAAUUAUAAAUAAAAAGCGAAUUCUAUACAAAUUUAUAAAUAAUUUUAAACGUUGUACAUAUCCAAACGCUGUGCUUCGGCAAAAAUAUCUAAAUCUAUUUUGAUUAAAAAAAAACACAAGAACGUUUUAAA